AUGGUUAAUAAGUGGCUAGCUCUACCCUCUGAUCUCAAGGUAGGGGCUGUAGUAGGGCCCCCGCUUAUCAGUGUGCGUGGCCACGAGGAGCUGGCACCACAAGAGGAGACCAAGGCCAAGGAGGAGGAAGGUGUUCCUGAUGAGGAGGGCUGGGUGAAGGUGACCCGCAGGGGCCGCAGGCCUGUGCUCCCUCGAACAGAAGCGGCCAGCCUGCGUGUUCUGGAGAGGGAGAAGAGGAAGCGUGCCCGCAAGGAGCUGCUCAACUUCUAUGCCUGGCAGCACCGAGAGACCAAGAUGGAACAUCUAGCACAGCUGCACAAUAAGUUUGAGGAGGACAAGCAGAGGAUUGAACCAAUGCGUGCCCAACGCAAAUUCCGGCCCUACUGA